AUGCAAGAUCUGUUUGACCAAAAGAAGAAUGUAAUUCUCAAAGAAAUUCUGUCAAGUGGUAGUGAUAAUCCGGAUGCUUCUCCAAAAGGUACCAUUGAUCAAUUUUGCAUACCCAUCAUUGAUUUGAUAAACUCCAAAAAGGACUUCGUCACUACAUCAUCGUGUUCCGGAAGAUUAUCAGUAUUCUUGGAAGGUAUAAAGAUUGGAGAUAAAAUAGGAGCAAAGGGAAACCAGGGACGAUGGAUUUUUGUUAGUCAUGAUCCAAAGGAGAUAACGAAUUGGUAUGAUUCAAUCGAUUUUGAAUACUCAGGAGAGAAGCAACUUCAUAUGCUGGUGAAUUCUAGUAGCCGUUAUAUCUUGUAUAAGUUCGAACCAUUAAUAUUGCAUAUUAAAUGCCGUGAUUUUGAAAGUGCCAACAAAUUGUACCAGUGUGCAAUGGGCUGCGGAUUCAGAGAAUCAGGAAUAGGGAGUAACAAUGUGGUGGCAAUACGUAUUUCAAUUAGGCUUGAUAUUCCCAUCGGCUACCAAGACAAUGAUGGUAGGCUUUCGCUUUUCGUUAAUAAAGAAUACCUUAAGUUCAUUACUCAAUUGUCGGCAGAUAGGUUCAGAGAAAAUUUUAAAAAAAUGGAUCAGCUAUAUCAAGCAAUAGAGAAGCUUGAUACAGUGUCUGAUACUAGUAGAUCAUCUGAGUCGAAGGCUGAAAGAAGAGAAAGAAAGAUCAUAGAAGGUUUAGCACGAAAAGAAGAGCUAAGGCAACUCAAAGAAAGAGCAAAAGAACAAGAAGCCCGCCAAUGA